GAAAAACCUUGAAACCCUAGAAAGCAAACCAGUUUGCUGCUCUUGUAGAAGAGAAAGAGAAGAGACGCAGAGCCACACAGAGGGCGGCGACACACCAGAUCGAAGACUCUCAUCUCCUCCAGAAAGAGAAGAAAGACGAUGUCGUCCUCAGAGAUCGCUUGCACCUACGCCGUCUUGAUCCUCCACGACGAUGGCAUCCCCGUCACGGCUGAGAAGAUUUCGAUCUUGUUGAAAGCCGCCAAGGUGGAAGUUGAAUCCUACUGGCCUAGCUUGUUUGCCAAGCUUGCAGAGAAGCGCAACCUUGAUGACCUUAUUUUGAACUCUGGUGCCAGCGGCGGCGGUGCUACGGUUGCUGCGGCUCCAGUUGCUGCAGCUGGCGGUGGUGGUGGUGCCGCCGCUCCUCCUCCCGAGGAGAAGAAGGAAGAACCAAAGGAAGAGAGUGAUGAUGACAUGGGUUUCAGCCUGUUCGAUUAGGAGCGAGAUGCAGUCCUGUGCUGUUUUUAGUUCGUUUUCGGGGUUAUUUUACUUUUAUUAUCUUUUUUAUGUUUUAGGGUUUGUGUUUUGUUCGUAUCAAAUAUAUGUAUUUGUGAAUGAGCAAGUUGUUCAGGGGUAUUUGCAAUUUGAACAUCGUAGUUUUUGAAGAUUUUGUCAUCAAGCUGAGCUUUCUUCUUGAUAUAUACAAAGCACUUUUGGAGUUAUUUUUGCC